AUUCCGUCAAAAUUAACUUUAAAAACACUUUAUAAAUUCAAGUUCAUGAACGUAAUUACAACAGAUGCAUUAGUCUCUCAUAUCAAUAAGGUAAUGACAAACAUGCACUUUUCUAUUUUGUUAGUUGUUCUAAGUAUCUGCCCGCUGGAAGUGUUUUUGGAAAAACUCAACCGAGCUGAAGAACUGAUAAGGUCAGUUACCUCAUUUGGUUAUCCAAUUGAAUCCCACCAAAUAGAAACCGAGGACAACUAUAUAUUAACAGUAUUCAGAAUACCACAUGGCCGAAAUACCACAAGUGCCAACAAUCUUCCGAUUUUACUCACUCAUGGAAUGAUGGGAUCAGCAGAGAACUAUCUUUGGUUAGGACCUGAAAGAUCCUUGGCCUAUAUCUUAGCCGAUAAGGGAUACGAUGUAUGGUUAAUGAAUUGUAGAGGAACAGGUUAUAGUAGACAACAUAAAAUUCUUAAUUCAAACCAAAAAGAAUUUUGGGAUUUUUCUUUCCACGAAAUAGGCAUGUACGACCUACCAGCUGCAAUUGACUAUAUCCUUAAUGCUACCCAUCAAAGUAGCCUCUAUUAUGUUGGUCAUUCACAAGGAUGUACAACAGUUUUUGUAAUGUGUUCGGAAAGACCAGAAUAUAACGAUAAACUUAAGUUAGUAAUUGCAUUAGCUCCAGGAGUAAUAUAUAAACAUUUUAAGCAACCAUUGCUAUCAUGGCUGCUUCAUACCGUUCCGUUGAAACAAUUAGAGGCCUUAGCAGAGUCAAUGCAAUUGUAUCAGAUUCCUCCACCAUAUUUUUCCGAUAAAGAUAUCAGAGAGUUAGCGACAAUGUUGUGUGUGGAAAACAAGUUUCUACAGAAAUCCUGCCAGGCGAUUUUUGAAAUGAUUGCCGAAGUUAAUGUUGAUCAUGUUGAUCAGGUUGACAUACCAUCCAUACUGAGUAAAUUAAUCGAAACAGUGUCAGUAAGACAGGCUUUUCAUUAUGGUCAGCUGAUCUUAUCAGGAAAUUUCCAAAAGUACGACUAUGGUUCGAGCAUAAACCAACAAAAAUACAAUUCCACUUCUCCCCCAAUAUACCAUUUGGAAAAUGUAAAAUUCGCAGCUGCUUUAUUUUCUGGAAAAGGUGAUAACUUAGUUACUCCAGAGGAUGUCAAACUUCUAGCCAAGCAGCUGUCAAAUGUAGUCUACUACUCCAAUGUACCUUUACGUGAUUUCAGUCAUGUGGACUUUAUUGUCAAUAAAAAUAUUGAAAAUUCUGUAUAUAAACCGAUUUUAAAACUGUUAGAAAGAUAUAAAUAAUAAACAAAUACCAAAAA